AUGGCUGCUGCUAUCUAUAUCAAGGUAAUGAAUCCAGGCGAUCAACAAAAGACCACGCUCAUCUGUGCAAAAUCAAAAGUAGCACCACUCAAGAGAAUGUCUAUACCUAGGCUUGAACUCACUGCAGCUCUGCUCGUAACUAAGCUCAUGAGAUACGAACAGCAUACGUUAGAACUCAAUAAAGCACAGACCUUUUUGUGGACAGAUUCAUCAGUAACGCUCACCUGGAUCAAAUCACACCCUUCACGCUGGAAAGACUUUGUCAGGAACAGAGUGUCAACCAUUCAAGAUCUAUCUUCAAACAGCGUAUGGAGAUUUGUUCCUGGAAAGGAAAAUCCAGCCGAUUGCGCUUCAAGAGGGCUUAGCAUCUCCCAGCUCCAGAAGCAUCAACUGUGGUGGACAGGACCACAGUGGCUCAUUGGGACCCAGAGCUCUUGGCCAGUUCAGCCAAUAUAUCACGAAUCACAGACUCAUCUAGAAGAGCGCCAUGGAGAAUCAUUCAUUGUGGCAACAACUCACCCUGAAUAUCAUUGGGAGAUGAUAUACAGAUUUUCAUCACUCAUCAGACUGCUCAGAGUAACCGCAAUUUGCUUUCGAGUAGCUCAACUCAUUAAGAGAAUGCCACAAUCAACACUCGCAAGUCCGAUCACGCCACACGAAACAGAUCAUUCACGAGUGUUUUGGAUCAAAGCAACUCAAGCAGCGUAUUUUUCCAGUGAACUCAAGCUCAUGGGGUCAAAUCAACUACCACCAGCUCAUCCUUUCAAUCGAUUGACUGCCUACACAGACACUCAGGGCAUCAUUCGUGUUGGAGGGCGUUUGGAACGCUCACAAUUGGAACUUGAGACAAUUCAUCCAGCAAUACUGCCUCGGCAGUCAAAAUUCACCUCACUCAUCAUAGCAGAUACACAUCAGAGAACAUUACAUGGUGGCACUCAAUCAACAAUGAACCACAUACGGCAAUCCUACUGGAUCAUUAGUGGUAGAGCUCCAGUCCGAUCGCACAUACUCCGCUGCAUCAAAUGUGCUCGGCAACAUGCCGUACGAGCACAACAGUUAAUGAGUCAAUUACCACCCACGCGAGUCACACCAUCCCGACCAUUCUUCACCUCUGGCGUGGAUUACGCUGGUCGACUAACCAUUAAGAUCUGGAAGGGAAGAGGCGCCAAAAAACAAAAGGGGUGGUUGUGCAUAUUCGUGUGCUUUGUCACUUCCGCAGUGCAUCUGGAAGCGGUAAGUGACUAUACCGCUGACUCAUUUCUCGCUGUAUUCAGAAGGUUCACUGGACGCAGAAGCAUCUGCAACACUCUCUACAGUGAUUGCGGAACGAAUUUCAUCGGAGCAGAUGCCACACUCAAGAAACUGUUCACUCAAGGCACUCAAGAAUUGAAUGCCUUGCGCUGCUCAUUGACUAAUGAUGGGACCACCUGGAAAUUCAACCCACCAGCAGCCCCACACAUGGGAGGGAAGUGGGAAGCAGCGGUGAAAUCAGUGAAGUCCUGA